CGCUCGCGUACCUAUUUCCCCCUUCCCCUCGACUUAGCGCUCGGCGCGGGACAUUCGACAAUAUGGCUACCGCAUCGUCAAGUGUGGUGUCGCACCCGGUCGUCUUCACGACACAGACACCGUAUCCGCUCCCCUCCCAAAAGUUCAUGCUCCCCGCGUCAUGGCGGCGGUAUCAGCUCUCGCAACUUGUGAACAAGGCGCUUUCGCUAGCGAAGCCCGUUCCCUUUGACUUCAUUGUGAGGGGGGAGGUGCUGCGUACGACGAUCGGCGAGUGGUGCGCGGAACAUGGAGUGGGGGAGGAAGAAACGUUAGAGUUGGAGUACAUUGAGUCGGUACUUCCGCCGCAGAAGAUGUCGGAUAUGCCGCAUGAGGACUGGGUCUCAUCGGUGUCCUGCGCGAUUCCUGGACACUUCUUGACCGCUUCGUAUGAUGGUCACGUCCGCGCUUUCGACUACUCGCAGAACCUUGUCACCCAGCAUCCCCUUCACGGCGCGCCCAUCACCUCCGUUUGCGUGGUUCCUUCGCCCGCGGACGCCGAGGACGAUUCCAGCCACCUCAUCGCGAGCUCGUCGCACGAUCUGACUGCGCAGUUAUCCCGCGUGUCCUUCGCGAACAAGACGACAACCCCUCUUGCCACCCUCCACCUCCACACACAACCCCUUUCGUCCAUCGCGUCCAACACCGCUGGCUCGCAUCUGCUCACCUCGUCGUGGGAUGGCCUCAUCGGUCUUUGGGACACGAGCAUACCGCCCUCGGAUGAGGUGCCGGAGGUCGCGGCGGGUCCUGAUAGGAAAAAGCGCCGGAAGGUGGGCGGAGACGGGGAGGAGAGGAAGGCGAAGCGCAAGGCGCCGUUGUCGGUGUUGAAGUCGCACACGGCGCGCGUCUCGCGAGUUGUGUUCGGGCCUGAUUACACGAAUCGUGCGUAUAGCUGCGGGUUCGACUCGACGGUGAGGGUGUGGGAUGUGGAGAAUGGUGUUUGCGCGCAUACCAUUAAUGCUGCCGAGAAGCCCUUCCUCGACCUGACCUUGUCAACUGACGGCACCACUGUCCUCGCCGCCUCGACCGAUCGCACGGUCGCUGUAUACGACACGAGGGACACGGGCGCGGUCGCAGCGACAGUGUCUACGCUCCCGCACCCCGCGACCCCUUCGUGUGUAGUCGCUGGCGCAGAAGGACAUCAAGCGAUGACCGGCGCGUACGACGGUGUUGCGCGGCUGUGGGAUUUGCGGAGUACGAAGGCGGCGAUGUCGAGCUUCAAAGUGUGGGAUGGGCAGAAGAAGAUCUUGAGUAUCGACUGGAAGAAGGGAGUUGCGGCGAUUGGAGGCGAGGGUGGUUUGGAGGUGUGGAAAGUUGGCUAGCCCCAUGGUGUCCGCACUUUUUUGCAUGCUAUAUCUGUAUGCAAAACCCUGUUCAUCUUCUGCUGAGAUGAAUGCGAACUGCAACGUAUGGGCGCCUGUUUGUC